AUGGCUUCAAGUCUCAACAAUAGUGUCUAUAAUGACACGAUCCAAAAGCACUGGAAGGCGCUUUCUCCAUCACAAUGUAUCCCGUGGUUUGCCGUGUUCAGCACUGAAUGCCUAACUGUUGUCAUCCUCAAUCUCCUCACCAUUAUUGUAUUUAUGAAGCAGCGCCAGCUACAGCGCCAGAGUAAAUUCUUGAUCAUUCACCAGGCCAUAGUAGAUCUCUUGGUCGGGUUGGUGUACGGGCCUCUGAUGAUUGAAAGGAGCGGAAGCUUCAACUGUGAUCUGUGGGAUUACCAUAGGCCUAAUACCACUUUGUUAUUUUUACUAGAGUUAGUUCUAGGGUCACAAGUCUACCAAGUUUCCCUUUUUAACCUCGCUGUUAUUUCAUUAGAACGAGUACACGCUACGUUUCGUCCUUUCAAGCAUCGUUUCAUCAAGAAAUGGGUUUAUGGAGUGAUUAUAACAAUUAUUUGGUUGGUGCCUAGCGUCAUGAAAACGUUCAUAUUAACUCACUCUGACGACGUUUUUAGACUGAUUUCUUUCGCAUAUUUUUUUACUCUUCUUUUUGUUGUCGUUGUAUGUUAUAGUUCUAUCUAUCUCAAAGUUCGGUGUGGUCGUCAUCCUCAACGCCAUGGCGCAGCCAGCUUGCGGGAAAGAAAACUGACGAAUACUUCAUUUGUUAUCACCCUUGGGUCGUUAAUAACGUUCUUACCGAUGGUGGUAUUCUGGGGCGUUCUGGCUUCUGAUUCCAAGCUUUUCGAUAACCUCUCCAAUCAGUCAUCAUUUCACUUUGAAAUGGUAAAAAUAAUAUUUGUGGCUGCCAACUCACUAAUAAAUCCAAUAAUCUACGCUAUACGGAUGCCUGAACUAAGAGCAAGCAUAAUGCAAAUAAUU